ACAGGAUAAAAGAUCUGCCAGCACAGGGCAACAGGAUGGGAUAACAGCUGCGCCUGGAGGGACAAACACUUCCUAUUGUGGAGAAUAUUAAAGGCAGUAAUAAUAAACAAAGCAAAAAAAAAAACAGCUUUAUAAAAAAUAAAAAAAACAGCAAUGGAUUUUCUAAUGAACAACAUGGAUAAUAUUGUAAUAUCGGAUGUUAUGUGGAUCAAUCAGACUGUGGAGGAUGAGUGGCGUUGGAUAUAUAUUAAAGUCAAGUGGAUACAGUUUGCUACAGCUAUACUAAGUAUUAUAGGUUCUGUAGCAAUUAUUGGCUAUGCAGUAUUUCAGAAUGCUGUGAGAUCUCCAGAGGUUCGGCCUCUGUUCUACCUCAGCAUGUCCGAUCUGUUGCUGGGUCUCUGCUGGCUUAUUGGGUCUGUUAUGUACCGAACGUCAACCACCAAUAAGUCAUGCUACAAUCUUCAGGUGGUUGGAGAGAUGUUUUAUGUGUCCACCUUUUUGUAUACGUUAAGCUUUAUUUGGCAGUUGUGGGAUAACAUAAAGGGAUAUAUGAAUGGCGAAUUAUAUCAGGUAUCAAACACAAAACUUUAUGCUAGAAGAAUAGCAACGGUUCUGUCCAGAUUAAAUAGUUUUGUGCACUCUAAUGAAGGAACAGGAAGUUCAUUUUACUUUAUGUUUUUCAGUGCUUUCCUUAUUGUGUUCACGAUCCCUGUUCUGUAUUUUGGAAAUGCCAUGGAAUGCUAUGGAAACUCCAGCCAUCCACACGGAUGUCUAAUGUUAAAUGUCGGGUUCUCUGUUACAACAAAUCUUGGCAAUACAACAAAUGAAGUGUGCACAGGAAUACGCUACUACAGCACUGUCGGCUUCCUGGUCCUGUUCACCCUCACAGCCAUCCCUAUCAUUAUCCUGCUUAGAAUUACCUACACUUUGUCUAAAACAGAUCACCUUGAAGGUCAACAGCAGGCAAAUAUAAUUAUGAUGAAACGCAGUAUCCUGCUUUACUGUCUUGUGUUUUUCUUCUGCAGUAUACCAGCCUGUAUUCUGAUCGUAGAGAAGCUGAUCAACAACAAUACAAAAAGUGAUUUCCGUGGACUAUUGUAUAUGGCUCUGGCCUUUACUAAAGUAUCCCAGGGAUUUUUCAAUUGCUUAGUGUAUGGAUGGACUCAGAAUAUGUUACAUGUCAUAAAGAAGAGCACCUGUAGUGAUGCCGAAACGCAGACUCCUCUUCUAAGUUCCCAGAAGCGAUUCUAUUCCAGUACACAAACUACUACAAACGCCACAGCAGCCAAAAUAAGCUCCUGUCUUUGAUAAUCAAGGUCUUUCAACAUUCUAGUCACGUUUUCUACAGAGACUGUGUGAUACCUAGAACUUGGAGAAUGACAAAUCUUAUUUAGAUUAUAUAUACUUCAAUACUAUUGUAUUGGACUGUAUGUGUUGGAAAAGGACGUAAAAUUUCUAAUUCUACCUUGUUUACUAACAGGAAAAAAACAACUCUAUUUUUUAUUGGCUUUCAUACUGGAUAAAUAAAACACAGACAAAAUAGGUAUGAAAAAAAUACAGGAUAUAGAAGGUAAUUGCUCACAGUAAUAACAAUUAUUGUAUGAGGAGUGUUCAAGAUCAACAAAUGGAAUAGAACUUUACAACUGCCUGCAUAAUUAAAAUAGAAUAUCAGCAAAAUGUAUUGUUUUUAAAAUAAUUUCACAUAUUUUUUACUUUAUUCCAAUUUAUACAAUGUCUUCUUAAAGGGACACUAAACCCAAUUGUUUUUCUUUCAUGAUUCAGAUAGAGCAUUCAGUUUUAAGCCACCUUCUAAUUUACUCCUAUUAUCAAAUUUUCUUCGUUCUCUUGCUAUUUUUUUUUUGAAAAAGCAGGAAUCUAAGCUAAGGAGCCGGAACAUUUUUGGUUCAGCACACUGGAUAGUGUUUGCUGAUUGGUGAGUACAUUUAGCCACCAAUCAGCAAGCGCAACCCAGGUGCUGAAUCAAAAAUGGUCCGACUUCUUUAGCUAAGAUUCCUGAAUCAUUAAAAAGAAAUUAUAAUUUGGGUUUAGUAUCCCUUUAAUUCUAGUGAUAAAUUAGUAUUGAAUCAUGAUGUCUCUAAAUCAUUGGCAUUCUGAUGGAUUUUUAAAAUAAUAAUAUUUUUGUUUGAUUUUUUUAGCAGAAAAAUUAUCUUUUGGGAUUAAUAUUAUAAUAUUCUGAAUCUAUAGGAUUGUGUUAUAUGAAUUAUGAGUGAGGACAUUUAUAUACAGUCUUUAGCAUAUCCCAAUUUGUAAGCACAGACCAGACUUAAUAACCCAGCCAAUGACUAUCCCAGGUUCAAGGAUACUUUAUUGUUGGGAGUCCCUAAAGACUGGAAAUAUGUACCAAGCACUUUCAUUAUAUUGUUUUGCAUAGCAGGAAGAACCUGACUACUAUUAUCUGUAAAUUAUACAAGUGCACAAUUUAAUUUUGUAAGGUUUAAAGCAAGAGCUGGAUAAUGGAACCAUGUUGUUCCAAGGAUUACUUUGACUAUGUCACACUAUUACAUUAUUUAUGGUAGAAACAUGGUAAAGGGAAUUGUGGGAUAAUUCUUUUUCUAUGGAAAUGUUAUUUAUUUGCUGGUAUUUGAUGUGUUAGAAUUUUUAAACUAUGAAUUUAUGAAAAACCAUUUUGUAACAUCAUUAGAUAUUUUAAAAUAAACAUAAUUUCUUAACUAAA